UGAACCAGUUAAACGGUUUCAGCGGGUGAGUGGAAAGACGGUCGCUCCGUUGAGAGGAGUCUAUACAUGAGCUGCAAAAAGAAGAGGACGCAUUUUUACUUAAAAAGAUUUGUUUUUACGUCAGUAUGAGAUAGAUUUCGUUUUUAAGACAUAAGCGAAGCUGCAAGCAUCGGAUUUUUUCUCCCCAGAAACGCGGAUAUCACAGGUCAUCAUCAUGAACUCUGUACUGUCCUCUGUACAUUCCCUCAAUCGAAUGUUUGAUGGCAAAGUACAUGAAUUCAUCAGUGACAUUGACAAUGUCCACAUGGUUUGGCUUGAGGAGAUCCAACAAGAAGCCAAGCGCAUGUUCUCAAGAGAUUUUAAUGCUGAACCAGAAUUGAUGCCUAAAACACCAUCACAGAAGAAGAACAGUCGCAGGAAGCGUGUAUCUUUGGGACGUCAGGAAGAAAAUCAAGCAAGAAGAAGGUUUUCAAAAGGAAAGCGCAGCAACCUUCGUGGCUCCUCUGUCCAAUCACUGAACUUAAUUGCUGAAGAAGAAUCCAUUCCUAAAGCUUCUACCUCUGAAGCGAGCACCUCCACACCGCCCAAACGCAGCAACCGCAAAAACAAAAAGCCAGAGGUGACAGAGGACUUGAGUCGUUCCCCUCUGGGCAGCGGUAAGACAGAAGAGGUGCAGAACAAAAAGCCAGAGCUGGUAGAGGAAGAAGAGGACAAAAAUAACAAGGUGAUCAAUGCAGAAGUCGAGCCUGAUAUCGAAGUCUUUGCCCAGUCUCCACCUAUCAUACCCUCACCUGAGGUUAUUGUCAGCAUCUCCUCAACGGACCGCUUGUCUGCUGAGCACGCUAAUCAGCCGGAGGCCUCUCCUGGCCGCACCGCCUCCAAGAUUGCAAUAGCCGGAGCUGCUCAAGGCUCACGUCGGAGCUCUGUGCGAUGCUCUCUCAAGCUGCGUCACUCGCGCGCUGGUCUGCGGCACAGCAUGACCCAGGAGUCUGUUCGCCGCGCCUCUCGCCGCUCCAUGCUUAAGAGGAAGGUAGCUCACAUCGGCAGCUCCACAUGUAGCAGCAGCAUUAGUGAGGACUCUUGCUUGGACUCUGCAGAGGAAGCGGAUAAGGAGCCCAGGUUAGAAGCUGUAACUGCAGACACAGUGGACAAUGCUGCUGCAGUGGGAUCCAAUGAAACUCCAGAGAUGUUCAACCAGAGCAUCCAUCCAUCCGUUGGGCGCAUUACUCGUUCUGUGGCUGCAAACUCUCCCACACUGGCCCCCCCACCGCUGUUUAUCAUGCACAAAGUGGGCACCCCCGACAAGAGGACAGUUGUCCCUGAGAAGCAGCAGCCCUCCCUGUCAUCUCGGAGGUCACGCCGCAGUACUAAACGUAAAGCACCAGAUACUGUAGAGGAAAGUCCCACAAAGAGGUUUUCUCCACCAAAGAAAAGUCAGAGUGCAAUGAGGCCCAACAUGAGAUCUUUUCUCCACACCGUGCAGAAGAAUCAGAUGCUGAUGAUGACUCCAAAUUCCCUUGGACGUUCGUCUGUCAUCAAGUCCUUUAUUAAACACACCACUCCGAUCAGGAUCGAUCCCAAGUUGAGUGUUGGUAUAGUGACAAAGGAGCGUUACAAACUGGAAGCGCUUAAAAAGAAGCAGGAGCAAGAGGAUGAAAGGAUGAAGAAAAUGGAAGAGGAGAAGAAAAGGAAACAGGAUGAACUUAAAAGGAAGAGGGAUGAGAGGCUGAGAAGGGUGUUUGAGGCCAAAGUAAAGGAAGAGCAGAGGGAGGAAGAAAAGAAAAAGAAGAUUGAGCAAAAAAUGCUUCAGAUUGAUGAGAAAAAUGACAAGCGUAACGCAGAGGAGAAGGCCAAGAAGAAGGGGGCCCUGAAACGUCAAGAGGAGCUGGAUCAGAAGAAGAAGCUGGAAGAAGAAGCUAGGAGGAAGAAGAUUCAGCAAGCAGAGGAGGAGAAGCGUCAGCAAGAGUUACUAGCCAAAAAGAAGGUAGAGGAGGAGGAACAACAGCGAAAACUGGCUGAAGCUCGCAAAGCUUUAGAGCUGAAGAGGGAACAGGAGCGAGAGAGAGAGCUGGAGAGAGAGCGACAAGCUGCUGCUGCUGCUGAAAGGGAGCGAGUGGAAAAGGAAAAGGCCCUCGCUCUGCAACAUGAACUGGAGAGAGCAGCGAGAGAGAAAGAGAGGAGAGAACUGGAGGAGAGGAAGAAAGCGCUUGAGGAAAAAAGAAAACUGGAGGAGCAGCAGAGGUUGGCUGCAGAAGAGAGAGCUGCUAAACUGAGAGAGGCUGCGGCUAAAGAGGCUGCUAAGGUAAAGAAGGCUGCUGCUACCUUGAAUGUGACUGUGGAUAUCGAGCGCUCUGUAAUGAGUACACCUGUUGGGAAAGGUGGUGGCCUCAACGUGACUGUGGAUAUUGAGCAAUCGCCACAGUCGUACUCCAUCACUCCAAAGGGCGGCAACAGACCUCUUAUGUCCAAAUGUGCAGAGGAUUACGGGAUGGACCAAAACAGUGACGACUCCACCGAUGACGAGUCUGCCCCGAGGAAACCUAUUCCGUCCUGGGCAGAGGGUCCCAACCUGCAGCAGAUAAUUAUGAAGCAGUACUUCAACCCUCCUCAAUUAGAUUUGUUCUUUGGAAAGAUUGAGCCUUUAAAACUGGAGGACAUCUUUUACAAGAGCAAGCCCCGAUAUUUUAAACGCACCAGCUCUGCUGUGUGGCACUCCCCUCCAACUGGAACCAAGUGAUGUCUGUGCACUGCUGUAUAAAGUUACAUUUUAUUCUUUAGUCAUUUUCCAAUAAAGUUGUUUGUUUGUUUUCUAUGUAUUAUAAUCCAGUGGGAGCGGAACGUUGGGAAGUUUUUUCCAAAUGAUCAGAAAAACUUUUGUUUGUAUGUGUGAUCUGAAUGUAAAUGAUAGAAUUUCUUCAUCCAUUAAAAUGGCUGAUUAAGCAAAAAUGUUACAGCUAUUAAAUGGUUUGAUAUCGGA